GAACCCUAGACACUGUGCUCCAUAAAGGAUAAAGCCUAAUGGUCGCCUUCGCCGUCCGACUGUUAGGACUUUGUGUCACCGCUGGCUUUUGACCCAGUAAAAGUAACCCAGGCUUUCCCGCAACCACACGCUGAGUCUGGCCGGUCUCUGCACAGCCACGAAACACGGCAGCUAAUGAUUGCGAACGGGGGGCCACUCGGCCCCUCGGUCUCAUUGGUCUCUGGUCGUGGGCCAAUAAUGUCAGUCACAUUUUCCCACGCAUGAAAAUGAUACAUUUUACACAAAGUUCAGCUGGGGGUCAGCGCCUCUGGAGCUCUACGGGCGCACAGCUGGCAAAGACACUGAGGCGGAAUAAAGUCAUGUCUCUCUCUAAGGAGAUGGCGGCCGCCGCCGAGGAGCCACGGCGGCCGAAAUGCACCCGCUGCCGGCACCACGGGAUCAUCGUCCCGCAGAAGGGCCACAUGAAGAGCUGUCCCUUUCUCAAAUGCGACUGCUGGAAGUGCUACCUCAUCACGCAGCGGACCCGGAUCACGGCCCUCCAGCGAAAUCUGAAGAAGGCCCAGAGCGAACCCGGCGAUGAGGAGCAGCGACCCCGCGCCCCCAAGGCCGCCGGCGUGAGGAAACCUGCGGCUGAGGGGAGUGCUGGCGCCGUGGCCCCGGGAGGAGGCGCUCGUCCGUCGGCUACGUCUGGGCUGACGUGUCCCCGGCCCACAGGGGCCCCGGGGAGUGCCGCCACCUCUGCCGCGGGAGGAGAGCAGGUGGCCGGUGGGGAGAGCAAAGAGGCGCUGCCGUGUCCACCUUAUAGUGCCCCUUACUUGGAUCAAAGAGGGCAGACUCCCCCUCUGCCUGUGAUUCCCUUUCCAGUUAGGAUGUCAGGUCACUACCCCGGCAGCUAUGCUCCGUGCCCAAACUUCCUGUUCAACGUGCCAUGGCUGCCGCCUGUACCCGUUGGGUUUUACAACAAUGGCCUCUGCGGGCCCCGAAUCUUCCCCCACUUCCUGCAGGGCGCAGUGCAUUACCCGCCUCCACCAGAGCCCGAACCUCCGGCUGAGAACAGAGAGGGCUUCUUCAGCCCUCGACCGCCCCCUCUCCCAGAGGCCUUCCAGGAGGAACUGAUGUCAAGGCAGCACCCACAGCCUCCUCUACCCAGACACAGUGAGCCCGACGUAGAGGAACUGGAAUAAUGGACAGUGAGCCCGAUUGUGGGGGGGGCUAGAUUACAGCCGAAGUGGGAGGGGAUUCCAAUUAUUUCUGUUAUUAAUGCGGAUGCAGUUUGUUUGCAAACCUGCACAUUUUUCAGAUUGUUGCUAUGAAAGCUCUGCACAAUGUUUCUUGUUAAUGUGCUGAUAAAGGCUAGAGGCUUGGAUUGAUGACAGAGGAAGCAAAAACAGUUAGAUUAUUUUGUAUUUCCAUUUUUCAGAAACGGUGAGAAGCUCAGUUGGAAAUGUUUUGCUUCAGACUUGUCGUCAUUUGAACUUUUAAAUCAGUUAUAAAAGAGAACUGCGCUGGAACCCUACUUUUCUUUAGCAUACUUUACGAACAGUUUGUUUUAUUUAUAUUUUUGGUUUUUUUGGAAAUGAGUUCAUUUAUAUAGAAAAAUAAAAGUUCGGUUUAUCUUUUGA